GGCCCCAAACUGCAAUACCGACUGAGCUGAGAAAAUUCAAAACACUUCUCGGUGUUGUGGUCGCGCGUGAUUCCCGCAAUUCAAGAAACCCCUAAAAUAUCAUCCCAAAGUAAUUCCGUUUCCGUUACGACUGACCAUGUCCAACCGAGAUCAAGAUAAACUGCUGCAGGAGGACUCCAGACUCUCCAUCCUGUUGGAGUGCUGCAUUUGCUUCCACGGCCUUCGCGAGUGUCACAUUUGUGUGGAAUGUUCGCAGCCCUUUUGUCGGGAAUGCAUCGACCGGUGGCUUCUGAAGGAAAGCAGCUGCCCUUACUGCCGGGCCCACAUUGAAAAGAAUCGGCUGGUCCGGUUCUAUCUGAUUGAUCAGUUGCAUGAGGCGGUGGCACGUCUGCUGGCGGAACAGAACCGGAAUCGCUGCGAAGUGCAUGGAUGUCAACAAUUGUUGCUGGUUUGCUUGCACUGUGAGGAAUGUGUUUGCGUAGAUUGCUGGUAUUCGGAUGGUCACGUGGAGCAUAAGGAUGAGAUUGUACCGAUGGAAAUUGCGUACGAUCACUUUUAUCGGGAGACCAUGAAAACUGGACAAUCGAACAAACUGAAGGUUAACGUCAAGGAGGAAAGUGCGAAAUUGAAGGACAAAAUUAAGGUCUUGUUCGAUGAGCCCAGAGAUGCGUCAACGAUGAAUCAAAUUUUGGAGCUCAGCAAGAUGAUGGAAAAGCUCCAAAUCGAUGAGAAAAACCUCAUUCCAUCUUAACUUGUUUUAUUUAUGUUAUCUUCUGUGCGUGGAGUCAUAUUUUAUCGUAUAUGCCGAAAUAUUAAGGAUUUUUGAGUACACACAUUCAAUAAAAUCUGAAUUGAAAUAGGUAUUGAGAAUAAAGCACAUUUAAGUUCA